CUGUCAAAUUAUUAAGGUUAUGUCACCCGAAAGUUGGGUUAUGUAUUUUUAGAAAAUUUUACAUUUUUGUAAAUAGAAAUGUUUUAAAUUGUUACAAUGUCAGAGACUGAGCUUCAGGAUGAAGAGCGCGAAGUUCUGUCGUCAAUUUACGACGGAGACGACUGUUUUAAGCAGAUUUCGUCCAACACCUUCCAAUAUAAAUAUGGGGAGAGUGAUGCUACGAAAUCAUUUCUAUUGGAAAUACAAUGGGGUGAAAAGUACCCCAACGCAGCACCUAAAGUGAACAUGGACACUUUUUACAAUAAACACAUUAUCAAGCCUUUGAAAGACAAGAUUGUGUCUGCGGUGGAAGAGGAGGCGCAACAGUAUUUAGGAAUGUCAAUGACUUACUCCUUGUUUGAAUUUAUCAAAGAAAAAUUUGAGGUGCUUAUGUUGGAACAACCGGAAGAAAUUGCGGAAACGGUUGAGAAAUCACCUAGCCCCGAACUUGAACAAGCGACGAGUCAGAAAGUUCCAAAAAAGGAACACUUGACCAAAGCCCAAAAGCGCCGUCAGUGGAAUCGAAUUGACAAUAAAGGGGAGAAGCCCCGAGGCUGGAAUUGGGUCGAUAUUAUCAAACAUUUAUCGCAAACAGGGCCUAAAGAACCAACACCCACGUCAUAAAUAACUGUAUUUUUAUUAAAAAUAUAUAUUUUUUAUCAAAAA